AUGGCUACUUCUGAUACUGAAUUAGUAGCUAAUUGUGCUACAAAUUUUAAUACAUCUGAAAUUGAUGUAGAUAGUAAUGGUACUUCAACUCCAGUUAAUGAAUCUUUAGAUGAAUAUAAUGUACCUAAAUUAGAAGUUAUUGAUGAAGAAAAAAUAGAUAAAGAAGUAAAUUCUUUAGUUGAAUAUGCUUCUGAACUUGCUAUUUGUGAUAAUGAAGAAGUUUCUUCUGAAGGUGAAGAAAUGGAAUUACCAUUAAUUGAACCAGAAUUUGAAGAUCCCCUAAAUUCUUCUGAAACAGAAAUAUCUCCUGAAAUAAAAAUAGUUAAUGAUGAAGAUAAUGAUAAUUAUUCAAACAAAGAUUCAAUUGAAAUUCAUGAAGAAGUUCAAAAAGUAGAUAAUAAAGUUAGUAGAACAAGUUCUAUUUCAUCAGUAGAGAAAAAUAAUGAUGAACCAUUCAUUAGAGGUAAACCUUCAGCUUGUGUAUUUGUUGCCAGUCUUUGCUCUAAUAUUUGUGAUGAUGAUUUAUGUGUAUCAGUUACAAAUCAUUUUCUGCAAUGGGGUAAAUUAUCUACAGUUAAAGUAUUGAGAGAUACAUCAAAUCGUCCUUAUGCAUUUGUUCAAUAUACCAAUGAAUCUGAUUCUAAAGUUGCAAUAGAAAAAGGUCAUAAUACUUUAUUAGAUGGUAGAAAUAUAAGGUGUGAAGCUGCCAAAGUAAAUCGUACUUUAUAUAUUAUAUUUAAUGAGAAUUGGUUAAAAAGAUCAGUAAGUUUAAAAAUGGAUCAAUAUGGUGAAGUUGAAACUUUAGUUUCUUCUGAUAUUCAAGGAAGAAUAAAUAAGUAUUCUCCUAAAAACUCCAGAUUUUGGUUUGUAAAAUUUGUUUAUAGAGAAGAUGCUAUUAGAGCAUUUGCUGAUUUAACUGAUGAAGAAUUAAUAGAAGUUGAAUGGGCUCAAAAUUUAGAAGAAGUUGCUAGAAAUAGGCAAGAAAAGCCAGAAAAUAUUCCAAAAUUUGAUAAAUUUUCAAUAUUUAUUGGUCAAAUUCAUCCAAAUGUUGAAGAAAAUGAAUUAACAGAAAGAUUUAAAAGGCAUGGUGAGAUAGAAUAUCUUAAUUUGGUAAAGAAGAAUAAUCAUAAUUUUGCCUUCAUAAAGUAUAUAAAAGAAUCUAGUGCAGCUAGUGCUGUUGAAAGAGAGAAUCAUUCAAUUUUACAUGGUAAAACAAUGCAUGUACAAUAUCGUGAAAAUCAUAAUGUACCAAAGCAAUUACAAACAACAACUUAUGGAAUUGCUUUAGCUCCUCCACCAAUUAAUUUGAAACGGAAAACUAUAACAAAUUCUAAUGGUAUUAUGGUUGCAAGUAAUAUGGCUACAGAACCACAAAUUCAAAAAUCUAAAUUCAAUGGUUAUUCAUCAAAUAAUAUCAAUAAAAGAAUUUCAAAUACCAAUUAUUCAAAUAGAAAAAUUAUGAAUAAGAUUGAUACAAAUAUUAAUAAUAACAAGAGUGAUAAAUUUUAUAAAUCUUCUACAAAUUUCAAUGGAAAUAUUCCAAAUAAUAAGUACUCAAAGUUUAAAGGUUUUCAAAAUUCUGUAAAUAAAAGAUUAGAUUAUAGGCUUCCAUCAAAGCCAAUAGAGUCACCUACUAAAAUUAUGCAUCGAAGAUAUGAUAAUUUAAAUCUGGAAAAUAAUAAUAGUAGAUGGUUUGAUAAAAAGUUUGAUUUUAGAAGUAAUUCAUCAUUAGGUUAUAAUAAUAAGAAUAUUUCAAAUAGUAAUAAUACUAAUACUGCCAGUCCUGAGAAAAUUUCCAAUGAUAUGGCAGUUACUAAUAAUGCAGCUGUUCCUUAUUAUUAUUAUAUACCAGAUACUGAAGUUCCUAGUAGUUCAAAUGGUAAUGGUAAUGGAAUUGGGAAUGUAACUGGUACAACUACUGGAUCUACAAAUUUUUAUAAUCCAUAUCCACAAUAUUAUAUGCCAAAUGGUGAAUAUUCAACUGGGAAUUCUCGAAGUGGAGGAUAUGGAUUAAAUACAUAUUCAAUGUAUUAUCCUAGUGAAUCUGAAUUCCAACCAUUGGAUAAGAAAUAAAUUAUGCUUAAAUUAAAAAUAAAAUAUUUGGCUUAUAU